AUCAUCAGCCCUGGAAGAGGGGGAAGCAAGACCCAGAGACACACAUUGUCUACCAGUUGAUGAGUGCAGUGGAAAAGGCAAAACUAACCCCUCAGCCAACUCUCUUCUCCCUUGGAUGUUUUGAGAGAGAGGGGGGGAAAUUCUGUCAUAUUUUUGGAGGAAUAACCAGCUAUUCUUGGAGGUUUGAACACACACGAAGAAUAUUUCAAACAUUUAGAGAGAGAGGAGAGAAAAAAAAGACACCCCCACCCCCCCUCCUCACAAGUGAUUUGACAAGAAGGUAGGAGAGGGUUUCAUUCACGGGAGAGGAGACAUGGUAAAUUUGUGAUUUUUUUUACCCUUUGAACAACCCACAUGUGAACCAGAGAGAGAGAGAGACUCAGGAAAAUGUAGGAUCUGCAACAGCAAAUAAGAGAGGGUGUCGGUUCCCGAGUCUCUCAGAAAGUGCCUUCUACAUGUUUGCAAGUGUUAUGGACGUGAGUGUGUUCAAAAGGAGGAGAGGGUCGAGUUGGGAGAUGCGAUGGUCACUAUGUGUCCUGAUGGCAGCCGCGGUUACUACUUGCUCCUGGCCGGACUCUGCCUCUUCGCCGCCUCUUGCUUCCACUCCGAGGACGAGUUUCCCUCCCUUCUGGCCUGGCUCUUCUGCAGGCUCCUCUUCUACUCGGCCCUGAGCCUGGGCAGCCUGCUGCUGGGCACCCUCCUGGUCCUGGCCAAGCAGAGCCGCCUCAAGCCACUCCGCUUCCCCAGAGAGAUGGACAGGUCGCCCGGGGCUCCCCAGCUUCUGCGCCAGCUCACGGGUCGUCUGUCGAGCAGUUCGUCUGAAUCUGUGCACACGAGAAGAGUGGUCCUUUCACACAACAUGGACAAAGCUUUGAAAGAAGUUUUUGACUACAGCUACAGGGAUUACAUCCUUUCCUGGUAUGUGAAGAUCAGCAAAGAUGAAGGACAUCUAUACCAUAUGCUCUCAGAAGAUUUCUGGGAAAUGACAAAGCAAUUGCGCAUUCGACUCAGUAACAUUGACACAGUUAAAUUAGUUUGCAAUGAUGUGGUCCGGACUGUACUCACUCACUUUUGUGACCUCAAGGCAGCAAAUACAAGGCAAGAGGACCAGCAGCCGAAACCCUUUGCUCUGCAUCCAUGCUUGAAGAGCUGUGAGGAUGAGGACCAAUUCCUACGCACAUGCUCAAGGGUGCUGGUGCUUUGUCUCUUAAAUACAAAAGAUGUCGCUUCUCAUAGCCUGAGGAUUGUUCUUGCAGAAAUAUUAGCCAUGAAAGUCCUAAAACCAAUGGUAGAACUACUGAGUGAUCCAGACUACAUUAAUCGAAUGCUACUAAUCCAGAUGGAACACAGGGAGCAGAUGAAUGAGCAUCACAAGAAAGCCUACACUUAUGCCCCUUCCUAUGAGGAGUUCAUCAAACUCAUCAACAGCAGCUGUGAUGUGGAGUUCUUAAAGCAGCUGAGGUAUCAAAUUGUCGUUGAAAUAAUUCAGGCAACUACAAUCAGCAGCUUACCUCAGAUGAAGAAACCAAAAGAUAGCAAAGGAAAGGAAUCAGCUGCCAUGAAAGCGGAUCUCCUCCGAGCUCGCAACAUGAAGAGGUACAUCAACCAGCUCACAGUUGCUAAGAAACAGUGUGAGAAGCGAAUAAAACUUCUUGGGGGUCCACUGUAUGGUCAGCAGGAAGAUGCUGAUGAGACAGAUACUCCUACAAAUCAAAAGAUUCUUCAGUUUGAAGAAAUCUUGUCAAAUCCAUACUACAGGGAACAUUUCAGAGUAUACAUGGAAAGGAUGGACAAGAGGGCUCUCGUUAGCUUCUGGGAGUCUGUUGAAUACUUGAAAAAUGCAAACAAGACUGAAAUACCUCAACUCGUCGGUGAAAUCUACCAGAAUUACUUUGUGGAAAGCCGAGAAAUUCCAGUGGAGAAGGCACUUUAUAAAGAAAUCCAGCAAAGUCUUGUGGGCAACAAAGGAACUGAUGUCUUCACCAAAAUUCAGAGUGAUGUUUAUGAGACUCUUAAAGAGCGGUAUUACCCAUCGUUCCUUGUAAGUGACUUGUAUGAAAGACUUGCUAGAAAGGAAGAGGAAAAGAGCACUUUACAAUCCAGUCCUGACAACCGUGAUGAUGUGAACCAAGUUUGUGAGAGCUGUGAGGAAGCCUUGGAUGAAGGCAGUAAUGGCAUUAAUGAGCAGGCUAGUUACGCUGUCAACAAACUGCGACAGUUAAAUGAGAAACUUGAAUACAAGAGACAAGCUUUGGGCUCCAUCCAGAAUUCGCCGAAGCCUGACAGAAAGAUUGUUACAAAGUUGAAGGAUGAGAUUUCCAUGAUGGAGAAAGAACAUGAUGACCUACAGCAACACAUUGUCCGAACAGACUGGUGGUGUGAGAAUCUCGGGCAGUGGAAAGCCACCAUUAGCAGCAGUGAGGUUGUGGAAGAGAAUGGGGAGCAAAUGCCCUGCUACUCGGUCACAGUAAAGUUGAGUCUGUCUGAACCUGAACAUAACGGCUGGGCAGUAACCAGGAAGCUUAGCGAGUUCCAGACACUACAUAGGAAACUCUGUGAGUGUUUUCCGAUGUUAAAGAAAGUGCAGCUACCCUCAAUGAGUAAGCUGCCCUUUAAAUCCAUUGAUCAGAAAUUCCUGGACAAGUCAAAAAAUCAGCUGAAUAAUUUCUUACAGAAGCUUCUUACAGAUGAGAGACUGUGCCAGAGUGAGGCACUUUAUGGUUUCCUAAGCCCUUCUCCAGAAUACCUUAAAGUUGUCGAUGUACAAGGGAAGAAAUCUACUUUCUCGCUGUCAUCCUUUCUGGAGAGGCUCCCUGGUGAUUUCUUCUCUCAUCAAGAGGAGGAGGCCGAGGAUGAUAGCGAUCUGUCUGACUAUGGGGAUGAGACUGAUGGCAAAAGAGAUUCACUUGCUGAACCUUGCUUCAUGCUCAUUGGAGAAAUCUUUGAGCUCAGGGGAAUGUUUAAGUGGGUCAGGAAGACACUUAUUGCUCUUGUACAAGUUACUUUCGGAAGGACAAUCAACAAGCAAAUCCGUGACACAAUCAACUGGAUAGUCAGUGAACAGAUGCUAGUUUACUACAUCAAUCUCUUUCGAGAUGCCUUCUGGCCAAAUGGUAAAUUAGCGCCUCCUACAGCUGCCAGAACCCAGCAACAGCGAUUGGAGACAAAGCACAAAGCCCAGCAGAAAUUGCUCGAUAACAUUCCAGAUGCACUGCAGAAUCUCGUUGGACAGCAGAAUGCGCGACAUGGAAUCAUUAAAGUUUUCAAUGCACUCCAGGAAUCCAGUGCCAACAAGCAUCUCCUCUAUAUGCUGCUGGAGCUGUUGCUGAUAGAGUUGUGUCCAGAAUUGCGAAUUCAUUUGGAAGACCUUAGGCUCGGGCAGAGUUUAUCUGGCACCUCAUGAAUAUCUGUGAAGUAAAAGUAAUAAUAGACCUUGGUUUUUUUAAAAAAAACACUAUCUGCAAACUUUUUUUCCCCCAGAAGGACAAAUAGACUGGGAUUUAUUGAUGUUUGUUGUUUCACCUCACACGUGACAGAUGUAGCACUAAGUGAAAUGACUUUAUGCUGAAGCAUAAAGCCACUUACUGUUUCCUUUCAUGCUGAUAUCCAGUAGUUUGUUUCCUUAAGAAGUUCAGAUGCCAGUAAUUAAUGUUGUGAGAAACGGAAUAAAUAUUUUUUAAGACAACUUGAGAAUUGUAUUAUUUUUGGUGGUGCAUGUGUCAUAUCUAAGUUGCAAGCUCCUCACAGAGGAAUUUAACAUUCCUUUCUUAUCAGUGAUCAUUGAGUAGCCUUUGUGUGCAAUAUGUAUGUAGAUCAUUGUGAAUAUUUUAUUGUUAAAUAGAACUAGAUUUUAUUUUUACCAAAGAUUUCAAUGGUGUAGAUGAUUUAUAAGCAAUAAAUUAUGACAAAACUUAAA